AUGUCAAUAGCGCCAUACACCGCUGAACGCCAGAGGGCCAUGGAAGACGGUUACGCCUUGACUGAUGAGUACUCGGACGAGAACACCGACGUCGAAGGCGGCUCCUACAGAGAGACGCAGCCUGACUCUGGCGAUGGCACGGGCACUGAUGGUGACGCCAGUCCUGAGGACGGUGCCGGCAUGGAUGAUGGCAUGGGUCCUGGGAUCAUUGAAGAUGAUGCCGACGUGGACUAUGGCGAUGACAUCUUCGUUGACUGGUACAACGACCGUAACGUUCGAGCAAAAUACGCUCACAUAGCUUGGGUGACACUCCGGGCGUACAGGUCAGACUUGCGGCCCUGGACACACACACCACAGCAAUGCAUAUGGGAUACGAACAACCCGAUGUCAGACGGCUCCCUCUUCGGACAGUGCGUCUUCUUUGCAGACGAUUCGGCUCAGACUGCUGCGAGCGUCCGGCGCAUAGUCGUGAAUGGCCGAAGGAAGAACAUGAACAUUAACAAGUUUCUGGCGUUCGGCUGCGGGACGGUGUCACUUGCGGAGUGGAGGAGUCUCGUAAUGAAAGAGAGGAGUUUGCUCGUGUGGUCUCUUACCCGGAUGUCUUAUGGGAGGGAUCAUUACGCCUAG